CCCCCAUUCGCACUCCACGCACGCACGUUGCCUUGCUUCCCGUCUCUCCUUCUCCCACAAGUUCCACAUUUCCCCCAUUGCAGCAUCGCCGUCUCCGCUCGCCGCCGAUCGCCGGCCUCCGUCCAAUCCAGCCCGGGAUCGGAUCCAGUCGAUCGACCUCAGAGCAAGCAUCAAGUUCGCUGGCCGGCCGGCCGGACAAGGAGAGGAAGAAGGGGGUCAUCUCAUCGGAGGGGAGGAUGGGGCGGCUGUUCUUGAUGAGCCUUGCGCCGACGGGGACAAUCUAUUCCUGCAAGCACUGCGACACUCCCCUCGCCUACGCACACCAAAUCCUCUCCAGGUUGUUCCGCUGCAAGCACGGCAAGGCCUACCUCUUCGACAAGGUUGUGAAUGUGAAUGCCGGGGAGCAGGACGACCGGAUGAUGACCACGGGCCUGCACACCGUCUGCGACAUCUUCUGCGUUACCUGCGGAUCGAUCCUCGGGUGGAAAUACGUGUCUGCAUUUGAGAAGGAGCAGAGGUACAAGGAGGGCAAGUUCAUCCUCGAGAGGUUCAAGAUAAACUCUGGCAGCCCUACUGGCCGUGUCCAGCUGUGGGCCGAGCAUGACGGCCGCAGAAGCUCUAGCGAGGACGAUGAUCAGGGCGCCGCGUGACACUCAGUUUGCAACGCAAGACCAAUUGAUUUCCUCGUAUGACAGACAUGACUGUAAAUUGUUAGUGUUAGCUAGGGUCGUUCCCCUCGCACUGCAAAUUGCUUCUUUGCAGUUCCAACGUUAUCCCAUUCAUAUCGAAUCGUAGCUGCUAGCUAGAUAAAGAACCCUAUCGUUAUAACCAUAUGAAUCAACCUAGUUGUCCUUCUUGUACAUAUGUGAAUGUGUGUCCACUCAAUAAAAUGUUUAUCGGUUCCUGCCA